CUUGCGCGUUGCGAUUGUACCAGGGGGAAGAUAUAAGUAGCCCUGCAUCCCUUAAAAUUCAGUCCAGAUUCACCACUGACGGGGAGCUGGUCGAAACUUCGGAAGACCCCAGUGAAUUCCUGAGCAUAAAAAGAGAUUGAAGAAAAAAUAUCGUCGGCUCGUAUACAUAUCGAUUGAUUGAUAAACGAAUAAAUAAUUAUUAGGGGGCUUCCGAAAUUUACUGUAAUAUAAAACUAUAGUGCUGAAAAGUGCAGUGAGUUUUACCGAUCGCUUGAUAAAUAUAUCGAAAGUAAUUUUCAACAAAGACAUACGAUCAAAAACGAUAUUUCGUAAGAACGAGAAAAAAUAAACGGCAGAUACGAAGAACUUUCUAUGCUUAUAAGUGCAGAGAUAAGUUUCGUGAAUUUUUGAAAAAAAACAAGGAGGAUUAAAUCCUUCACCUGGAUAUCAAAAGGAAUCGGGUCGGUUGGCUGAACUCAGGUGUCACCAACUGGCACAAAUCGUUGCCAAUAAUCGUUAUACAUCCGGCGUCAUCGUUGUCAUCUCCGAUGGAGGAAUCAACAAGGUUAACGGACGCUAGGAGCCGGUCGUCUCGAUCGGCGAAUCACCACAAUAACGGUCAAUCGCGAUCAGAAUUCGGAGACGACGAAUGUAGUACGGAUAGCGGUUGUGGUAGUGGAGGAAGCACCGGAAGUACGGAGAGAUUGUCACGUCGUGGUAGCGGCGAGCGUCUUUGUUCCGGGGGAAGAUCACCGAGAGGUCAUUGCUACCUCGAUCGUUUACGUGGUCAUUCAACGCAGACACGUUCCCAAGAGAGAUUAUCGCGAGGAUCCCGAAGUUCCGACAGAUGUGUGGUAAAAUCGAUGAGAUCGUGGAGCCCGGUUAAUCACGGCGGCAUACAUUCGACUCAUCACGAAUCGCCUUCGCAUUCGCCAAGUUUUUCCGACACUCACAGCAGCGACGGUGACUCCUCGAAAAGAUGCUUCACUACUGAAACUUUGCGAAAAGCCUUUCAGACAUUGAAAUUGUCGUCGAAUCGGCGAGAGACGAAGGAGAAGAAACACGUUAAAAAAUCACAAAAAAGUAUACUCAGGAGUCCCGUUUCCUACACCUACGUCAGAGGACUAUCGGGACUUCCAACGCACCGCGUACCGAGGAAUUCGUCGCCCCAAUCAAACCUACCUUGUAUAACACAGGAUAUGAUUGGACUUAACCGAUAAACGUAACGCGGGAUCAAUUUAUAUUGAAAUUUCCAUCUACGAGAUAUACUGCAAAUUGUUAAUAGAUACUUCAAACGUCAUAAUUCUUCAUCUAUUUCUUGUGUCAAUCAAAUUUUUCGGCGAUGAAAGAGGAAAAAAGGAUCGUUGAUAUGAGAGUUUCAUUGAUACGUCUUCGAUUUACUAAAAAAAAAAAAAAGGGGUCAAUUAUUUUCAACCCCGCACAAAGAAAAAACGAAAAAAAACAAAUCGUUUCAAAUAUCGCGAUCACAAACACACAUCACAUCAUAGAUAUACAAGUAUAACAAUUAAUCGAAAAAAUUAAUUGAACGAUCGAUUGAUUCAAGUCGUCGCCAAACAAUUAUCCCAUUACUAUUACUCUUUAUUAUUGUUAUCAUUAUUGUAGCUGGCAUAAAACUCAAAAAAUUUAAUAAUUUAUCGCUAUUAUAAAGUCUAGGCACAGAAUAAACGUACCCUAUUGUAUGACCGCGUGAUAUAUAUGAAAAGAACAAGACGAUAUGAGAUUUAAAAAUUCCAUAAUUAUCGUCAAUGAUAAUUUGACUAUUUGAAUUAUUAUAAAUAUUAUAAUAUAAUACCGAAGAGCGUUUGACUAGCUCACUUACCUAAUUAGAUUUACAAAUUAUUUAUGAAUAAUUUUUCGAAAUAGGAGGUAAAUAGGUAUACCUAGAUAAUGUAGGGAUAACGAAAAGAAUGAAAAGAAAAUGAAAAAAACAAGAAAAAGAAAAAAAAGUCACUCUUCGACUUAUAUGUUCAUAUCAGUCAUUGAUAAAUGACGAAUCAAUGUGCCAAUGAUGAAAUUAUAGCGAAUAAACGUGAGAGAGAAAGAGAGAAAAAUAGAUAGAACUAAGAGAAAUUUAAUAAAAGAAAGUAAAACUGAGAGACAAUUAUUAUAUUAACUGCAGAAUGAAUGAUUAUCUAAUAAUACUAUAAAUAAGUCUGCGGUAGGAGUCAAUUAACUUAUACAUAUACUAAAUAUAUCUAUACAAUAUAUUAGGUGUAUAAAAAAAUAUAUAGGCGUAUGAAUAAUAAGAACAAUGUUCAAGUUACACUUGAAAUGUACAGAGUAAUAGAAAAUUUGAUGAAGAAAAAAAAAGAAAAGGAAAAGAAAACCAAAAAAAAAAAAAAAAAAUAGUCAUUAAAUUAAUAAUCGUGUACAAAAAUAUACCGGAAUAAUUACCGUAGGGAAUAUUAAAAUCA